AUGACAGGGAGCUUCCCUGGCUUUAUUGAUGUUGUCAGGAACUUCAAUUCUCCUGCGCUACUGGAAGACAACAUGAUAAGACAGGCAAAAGCAGCUGGGAAAAGAAUAAUGUUUUAUGGAGAUGAAACAUGGGUUAAGUUAUUCCCAAAGCAUUUUGUGGAAUAUGAUGGAUCAACCUCAUUUUUUGUGUCAGAUUACACAGAGGUGGAUAACAAUGCCACAUGGCAUUUGGAUAAAGUAUUGAAAAGAGGAGACUGGGACAUGUUAAUCCUCCACUACCUAGGACUGGACUACAUUGGCCACAUUUUUGGGCCCAACAGCCCACUGACUGGGCGGAAGCUCAGCGAGAUGGACAGCAUCCUGAUGAAGAUCCACACCUCGCUGCUCUCUAAGGUGAGAGACACUCUUUUGCCCAGUUUGCUGGUUCUUUGUGGUGAUAAUGGCAUGUCUGAAACAGGAAGUCAUGGGGCCUCUUCCAUAGAGGAAUUGAACAUAUCUCUGAUUUUAAUCAGUUGUGCAUUUGAAAGGAAACCUGGUGACCUCUGACAUCCAAAGCAUGUCCAACAGACUGAUUUGGCUGCAACACUAGCAAUAGGACUUGGUUUGCUGAUUCCAAAAGACAGUGUAGGGAGUCUUUUAUUCCCAGUUGUUGAAGGAAAACCAAUGAGAGAACAGUUGAGAUUUUUACAAAUAAAUACAUUGCAGCUUAGCAAAUUGUUGCAAGAGAACAUACCAUCAUAUGAAAAAGUCAUUGUGUUGAGCAUCGGACUGUUGCAACAUCUAUAUCCUAAUGAAAAGCUGAAGAACAACUAUGAGCACCUCAGGUAUCACCAGUCCCAACUGAAGGGGAAGCUUCAGGUCCCCAUGAUGGAGAAGGUGGCCUUGCAGCUCCGGCUCAAGACAUCCAAGCUCCUGCCACAACAAGUGCAUGCUUUGAGGGAGGAGAAUGGCCUGAGUCAGGUCCAGGAGCUGGAGACCUGCUUGGCCAAUGUAAGCAGGUGGACAGCUGAGCCUCCAUCCCCGGAGUCUCCAGCAGGGCUCUGCAAGGAAGAGUGGUGGCUGCAGGUGGAGGCUGAGCAGCUGCAGGAGCAGCUGGAGAGCUUGGUGGGUCAGCUGCAGGCUCAG